GGCUGCAGGAACUGAGACGCUGGCCAACGACUCCGAGCCGAGCGUUCCCGCGGACGGCGGCCGCCGCCACAGCCCCCCGCUGCUCCCGGAGACCGAAGACAGCUGCCUCCGCGCCGCCCGCCGCGCGUGUGCGACCCGCGUCCCGCACGGCUCCGGGGAGAGGGUGGUGGAAGAGCAGGCAGCCUGUCGCCUCCACACCAGAGAAGGAAGCCUCGAAGAAGGUGACCGCCGCUCCAGGACCUCCUCGUUCCGAGUCGGCGAGGACGGCGGCUUUUCCCGCAGGGACUCGAGAAGAGUCGGUGAAGACCUAGGCCAGCCCCGCAGUGUGUCUCAGGAGAGAGCCCGGGGACACGAUGGCCCCCGGCCGAGCAGCGCAUGGCUGGCCGUGAGAGGCGACUCGAGGGGAGCUGUCAGCGAAGACGCCUGGGGCGGCGUCCCCGAAGCCCGAGGGUCCCGAGGGUCCCGAACCAGCGACUCGGGGGACCGGGGCAGUGACGGCUGCAGCGGUUCGAGCGAAGGAGCAAGCGUCGAUGUCAGCCACUGCUCCAGUAGUUCUUGGGGAGGCGUAAGUGAUGACCUGGGCUAUGAGGCCAGUGACUCCUCCAGGGUGAGCAUCCGCGAAGACGCCAGCCGUCGCCUCAGUGGCUUCUGGGAGAGAGAAAGCGAAGAAGAUUCCCGCUUCAGGGGCUCUUGGCAGAGAAGGGAGGAUCGGGGGCCCCGCGCCAGCGACGAGGAAUCCAGUUGCUGCAGCAGCAGUGACCCAUGCGUGGGAGCAAGUGAAGACCGACGCAGCAGCAGGGGCCUGGGCUCCACUCCUCCCCAGAGCCCAAGUCCGAGGGCGAAGGACCGUACCAUGCCUGGUGUGGCCAAUUCAGGCCCCUCCAAGUCCUCUAGGGAGGCUGCAGACUCAUGUUCCAGGAAGAAGGUGCAUUUUGGUAGCAUACACGAUGCGGUGCGGGCUGGGGAUGUUAAGCAGCUUUCAGACAUAGUGCAACGUGGUGCCAACCUUAACGAAGCAGACGCUCUCCAUCAGUUCACCCCUCUACACUGGGCAGCACAUUCUGGGAGUCUGGAGUGCCUUCACUGGCUACUCUGGCAUGGCGCUGAUACCACACAGGGAACUCCAAGAGGAUGGACCCCGGCUCACAUAGCUGCAAUCCGGGGCCAGGAUGCCUGUAUGCAGGCUCUUAUAAUCAAUGGAGCCAACCUGGCCGCUCAGGAUGACCGUGGAUGCACCCCUGUGCACCUCGCCGCCACUCACGGGCACUCUUUUACUUUACAAAUAAUGCUGCGAAGUGGAGUGGAUCCCAGUGUGCCUGACAAGAGAGCGUGGAGACCUGUGCAUUACGCAGCUUUUCACGGGCGCCUGGGCUGCCUGCAGCUUCUGGUCAAAUGGGGGUGUGGCACAGAAGAUGUGGACUACAACGGGAACCUGCCAGUUCACUUAGCUGCCAUGGAAGGCCACCUUCAUUGUUUUAAAUUCCUACUGAGUCGAAUGACCCGUGGAACACAAGCUUUAAAAGCCUUCAACGAUAAUGGAGAAAAUGUAUUGGACCUAGCCCAGCGCUUCUUGAAGCAGAACAUCUUACAGUUUAUCCAGGGGGCUGAGUAUGAAGGAAGCAAUCCAGAUGAUCAGGACAAUUUAGCGUUUCCAGGUCACGUGGCUGCCUUUAAUGGUGAUUUAGAAGUGCUUAAGAAAUUGAUCGGAGACGGAGUAAUCAGUUUGAAUGAGCGUGAUGAUAGUGGAUCGACUCCUAUGCACAAAGCUGCUGGACAAGGCCACCUAGAGUGUUUGCAGUGGUUAAUUGAGAUGGGAGCCAACAGCAAUAUUACCAACAAGGCAGGAGAGAGACCCAGCGAUGUGGCUAAGAGAUUUGCCCAUUUGGCAGCAGUGAAGCUGCUAGAGGGGCUGCAGAAAUAUGAGAUGGAUGACGAGGUUGGAAUUGAUGACAGUCACACACAGUUCUUCAUAAGGCAUGGUGUUGAGGGCAGCACUGAUGCCAAGGGUGACUUGUGUCUUAGUGACACAGACAAAGCAAAUGCCAGAAUGAGAGCCCACAAGAAAAUUGUGGAAUUGAGACAACUUCUGGAGAUCGCGGAGAGCAACUUCAAACACUUGGGUGGGAUAACAGAGGAGGAUCUCCAGCAGAAGAAAGAACAGCUGGAGUCUGAGAAGACCAUCAAAGAGCUGCAGGACCAGCUGGCCUAUGAGCGACUCCGCAGAGAAAAGUUAGAGUGCCAGCUGGACGAGUAUCGAGCAGAGGUGGAUCAACUCAAGGAAACACUGGAGAAAGCCCAGGUCCCCACUGUCGUGGUUACGGAGGACACCUGCUGUGAGUCCAACAGAGAGCCGAGGAGAGCAAGAAAGAAAGGGUCUCCUGGGGGCGCGUUUGUGAGAAGGUGCUAGUCUCUGCAGGAAGGUCAGAUAAACGCUUGAUUUCCCUUCACUUAAACAUGAUAUAAAUGUAAAUCUAUAGAGCUCCUUCCAUUCUGAAGGUGAAAGGGAUUUUAAAAAAACCAUAGACUCAGGAUACUUUUUAUAUACAUAUACAUGCAAGCCAUCAUUUAUGAGUAAUAAUUUCACAAGUAUUCACGUAAACUGUUAAAUUUAAGAUGGUACAAUCUAAUAGUUAAAGGAAAUCCAAUUCUAGAUAAUAAAAUUAUUAAAAUGACAC